CUCCAACGCCUCCACCAGAGUAGCCCCGUUCGAGUACGUGUACGGUUUCAUCCCAUGCUGCGGCCUUGAUCUGCACCGAGAACGCGACAACCUCACUCGCGAAGAAUACGCAUCACUCCGCCUUCAGAUCCGGGACCAGGUUGAGGAAGCAGUGGCUUUCGCGAAGCAAUCAAGCACUCCUCCAACUCCAUGACGGGAUACCUUUCUGCAACCCUGACGCCAGCAACAUGCCCAUCUCAACAACCUCCCAGAUCUGAUACAUGCCAUCCAAACGAUCCUACAAACUGCGCAUGCAGCUACUUCAACACUCCCACAGACUGCACGUCCAAACCAUCUAACGCGCCGCUCUCUGAGCCCUUUCACCGCCACUCCUCGCACCCACAGUUCUCUCACCCACAGUUCUCUCACCCACAGUUCUCUCACCCACAGUUCUCUCACCCCUCUCACUCCUCGUCCUCGAACUCGCCAUUCUCUCACCCUCCGCCCACCUCUCUCUCAACAAGUCCUUCCAGUCACCCUCCUCCCUCAACCUACCCCCAACUUCCCUCACCACCCCCCUUGCCCGUCCAACCCUCUCCGCAAACCCCUCCGCUGCCACCAAGUCCCGCUGUCCUUGCUUCUCACUUCCUUCCAGCCUGCCUAUCAACGGCUCCGCAUUUCUAACUGUGCUCCGGACAAAGUGGCUCGUCACUGCACUCCGUAUGCCGCGCUCUAACGCACGCAGACUGGCCAGCUCAUCCUCUGCAUCACACAGCGCCUGCUUCGUGCUCGCC